AUGCCCGCGUCGCCGAGACGUGGCAGAGAAAGAGUAUGGAAGGAGAAGGAAAGAUGGCGAAGAGUCAGCGUGAGGGGUUACGAGCCACUGGCACAGAUUGAGAGUCCGAUUCCGCCGAGCUACGUGUCAGGUAGCACGAGGGAUGCGACGACUGAGGAGAACGAAGACGAAGAUGACUACCUUUUCGUCGGCGCACAGACAGUGCACGACGUCUCGAAGAUGCUUCGUCCGAACGAUUUCCGACUCUAUUAUCAGUUGCCAUCGCCCAGCGAAGCUACUGUUCCUUUCGAGAUACCACUGUACCUCUCAUACAUGAGUGCUGCCAAGAAGGUGGAUCCGCUUCUCUUCAAAGUGUACCACUUUCCUGUGGUGUGCACGAAAGACAAGGAAACCGGAAAGGAGGAAUGGCGAGUGGUGUAUGGCGAUCCGAGGCCAAUUACGUUUGCAACACUCUCAGCCCUGGUCAAAUACCAUAAAAUUUAUUCGUACAUGGAUCCGGAGACCGGUGCCGUUGAUACAUUCCCGGUAUGGAAGGGUACUGUGAUCGAUCUUGAUAUGAGUGAUUAA